AUGACUUUAAAUUCGCAUUCUAUAUUUCCAUCCCAACAUUAUAUGCGUUCACGACCUGAGAUAUUCAUUUCGUCACCUCGUAUAUUGAAUUUAAAUCCUGAUGAUUUUAUGCCAAAGAAAUCUCGAGGAUGCAAAACUUCAAACGCCUUUUUGAUAUAUCGCACGAUUUAUAGUAGAAUGCUCACACAAAAAGGGUUUCCUUCAAAAAUGACUGAAGUAUCACGUUGGGCCUCGGACUCUUGGAAUGAUGAAAGUGAAGAGUUAAAGAAUGAAUUUCGAGAAUUCGCAAAGAAAGUGAGCCAAAUUUACCAAAAGAAUGCGGAAUUAUUAGCUCCACGUAUUCUUCCUACAAUUUUGCCAAUUCAACCGAUUCAAAAUGUUGCAUUAAAUAAUAAAAUUCCGGAUAUGUCAUUACAGCAAUGGCAAAAUCAUAUGACAUUUAUUCAACGACAACAAAUGGAACAGUUUCAGUUAUUACCAAAUUUUCUACCUCUCUACUUCGAACCUCAUUAUCCGUUAAAUCCUCAAUUCAAACCAUGUGAAGACAUUAGAACGGAAGUUUCUUAUGCCUCAAUACCUCCUUAUGAUCCAUCACAUUUGCAAAUUUAUGAAGAUAAUGAAGAUAAUGAAGAUAAGAAUAAUACGAAUAUGGAUAAUAAUGAUUUAUGGGAAUAUUAAUUUAAGAAGUAGAUAGUAUAUAUUAUUAUAAGUUACU